CCACCAGCAUGUACAGCAAGAAGCUGGAGCGGAUGCACCGCCCGGCCUCGGACAUCACCAAGUACGACAAUGAGCCGUACAUGAAGAACCCCCUGCUGAAGUUCCGCAUCAGUGAGGUCCACGAGCGUCGGCACUACCAGUUCCUCAAGCAGAAGGCGGCGGAUGUCAAGGUGCGGGUGGCCCGCCAGCAAUGGCAGCCGGAACCGGAUAUGCGUCCACUGCCACAGUCCCACUACGAGGACAAUCUGCGUCGCGAGGUGCGAAAGAUUGUGGUGCCGCCCAUGCUGCGCCGCACCGAGGCCAAGAUCCUUAGUUUCGCCUCGGAGCGGCUGAAGAACAAGUACCCCGAACUGGUUAAGGCCUACAUGCAGGAUGUGCACCAGGAGUUCAAUCGCUUGAUGAAGGUGUACAGCAUGAAGAACAUCCUGCGACAUCCGGAAUUCUCCGACGAGGAUCCGGCCCAGUUUGAGCUGCCCCAUCCCGACACUGGCUUCCGGCGGCCUGGUCGCACCCAAAACUACAGCAACUUCCUUGAGAAUCGGCGACGCAUCGCCCAGAAACUGCUGAUCCUGCAGCAGCCGCUGAGGGCCAUCCUCAACCUGUCCGUGGGCGAGUUGCCCGACCUGGCCUGCGUCUUCCACUACGUCCUGGCCACGGGGGCCAUGCAGCAGCAGCUGGGAUUGGGCGGCAGGGAGGCUCUGUCCUACAAGUUCUAUCGCAAGUAUAUCCAGAAUCAGCUGGACAAGGUCAACACCUUCCUGAGGUGGACCUGGUAUCCCAAGGUGGUGCUGGUGCUGCGCAAGCUCAUGCGCAAGCGCGUGAUGCCGAUGAGCACUUGGAAGCGGGCCUGGAACGCUCUGGAGGGCCUGAUGAACCGCGAGAUGACCAACAUGAAGAUCAGGACCUUCGAGGAGAUGUACCGCAUGUGCAGCCAUCCGCGCACGAUGCCCAUGCUGCGCCUGUCGCUGGAGUGGGCAGAGUUCUCCAGCGAUCUGGACACGAGGCCAAAUGUGUGGGCCAUCCUGCGCACUUUCGCCGAGAUCGCCACCGAGAUCUCGAUGGUGGGCUACCGGAUGGAGCCACUGCAGCCCCAGGUGCAGACACUCACCUCCAUGGCCAUGUACGCGAAGGUUAGCGACUACCUGAAGAUCGAUAUGAAUGAGAACUACCUGAGGGACGUGAUCGAUAAGGUUCAGGACAUAAUAAUGCGGACGUAUCAGGAGGUGAUCCAGUACAUCGAGGCUUUUCGGGAGAAGUACUAUGCGCUGUACUCCUGGCAGGAACGAGAAGCCCUGAAUCAUUUUUUGUCCGAACCGCAUGAGUUUGAGGAGUACUUCGCUCGUAUUGACAUGUACUAUGGGUUCAUCCAAAUGCUGCGAAGUGAACCCGGCACCGAAUACUUUGUGAUGGCCGUAAUCCACAAUGAGCCCGCUGUAAUGGGGCUCCGAACGCUGGCCGAGAACCUGAUCGAUGAGAUCACCACAAUUAUCAUUCGGGAGCACAUCAAAGCAGAGGUGGAGAUUUGUGAUGAGUUCGAGAAGAUCAAGUACAGGGCCCUGGAGAUCCCGAAGUCCACGGAGGAGCUGUUGGAGAGCGCUGAAUACAUGAUCCACGUGAAGAAGGAGAAGAUCGCCGAGUUGACGGAUCGCAUUCAGUACUGCCUGCAAGUGGGCACCAAUAUCGUCGAGCUUACCGAGAUGUCCAAAUACCACUUCGAUCUGACCAUCAAGACCAUCAACUGGAUCAAGGACAUUAACGACAUCUGCGACUACAAUGCCUCGCAGCAGGAGCAGUUCAAGUUCACCUUCGAGGAGCACCUGCAGGAGGUCAUCCGGAAGCUGAACACGGACAUUGACGAUCUGCUGCCCAAGUUGGCCGUCAUCGAUGACAUGAGUCGACCGGACAAGUUCCGCGACAGCUAUAUCAUACUGCAAAACUUUAUAGAUCAGCUCAAGACCUUCGACGACUACGUGUCCUGGAUCAACAAGGAGGAGAAGCUCUUCAAGAUCGCCCAGACAGAGUAUCCCAAGUUGGAGAUCAUCAAGACUUUUGUUUACCCCUUCGCCGAGCUUAUGAAAUGCUGUAUAGAGUGGCAGCGGUACUUGAGCGUAUGGAACGAUGGACCCUUCGAGUAUCUGGAACCGCAGUUCGUGGAGAGAACUACGAACGAUUACCUUAAGGAGUUCCAGAAGAAUCAAAAGUACUACAGAGUAAAAAUCAAACAGGAUUUAAUAGACAAUCCCGUGUGCAAAUUUAAGGGACAAACGGAAGACCCUGAUCCGGCCAAGCACCCGGUGCCCCUGCGCCUGUGCACCUCGAUGAUCCAGUCCAUCAAGGACUUCACCACCGGGGUGUUUAUAGUGAACACCAUGUGCAAUCCGGCUCUGCGCAAACGCCACUGGAAGGAGAUGUCCGAGAUAGCCGGCUUUGAUGUCACUCCGGAUGCGGGCACCACACUGCGCAAGAUCCUGAACUCCGGUCUGGAUCCGAUCCUGGAUCAGUUCGAGAUCAUCAGCAUUGGGGCGAAUAAGGAGCUGCAGCUGUGGAACGCAUUGCAGGCCAUGAUCAAGGAGUGGGAGAGCAGGGUCUUUCCCUACGGUCCCUACAAGGAGACGGGGGUCAUGAUCCUCAGCAGCUUGGAUGAUAUUCAGGCCCUGCUGGAUGAUCACAUCCUGAAGACGCUGGUCAUGCGGGGUUCGGCUUUCAUGAAACCCUGCGAGGAAGAGGUGCGCGCCUGGUACGAGAAGAUCAUGCGGGUCAAUGAAACGCUGGAUCAGUGGGGCAAGGUGCAGGCCAACUAUCUGUACCUGCUGCCCAUAUUCUCCUCCAAGGACAUCGUGGCCCAGAUGCCCGAGGAGGGUCGCCUCUUCACCAUUGUGGAGCAGACUUAUACGAGGAACAUGGGCUUAGUGCUCCGGCAACCACUGGUGAUGGAAACUGCCCCGGUUUCGGGCUUACUCGAAUCCCUGCAGAAGGCCAACGAGCUGCUGGAGGACAUUGCCACCGGGGUGAGCAACUACCUGGAGAAGAAACGUCUUUACUUUCCGCGCUUCUUUUUCCUGGCCAACGACGAGAUGCUGGAGAUUCUCUCCGAGACCAAGGAUCCCCUCCGAGUGCUUCCUCACCUGAGCAAAUGCUUCGAGGGCAUCAAUAGCCUGGAGUUCGACGGGGCCAAGAAUGUGCUGGCCAUGAUUAGCAGCGACAAGGAGUCCAUUGAGUUCAUGGAGCAGGUGUCCACAGCGGCGGCAGGCGGAAGUGUGGAGAAGUGGCUGAUUGGAGUGGAGGAUGAGAUGCUUAAGGCGGUGCGCUACCAGAAUGAGCUAUCCUUUGCCCACUACCCAAAGGUCAAGCGACAUGAGUGGGUUUUGGAGUGGCCCCAGAUGACGGUGCUGGCCAUUUCGCAGGUCUACUGGGCAGCCCGUGUCCAUGGCUGCCUUCGUCGCACCUUUGGCGGCAACAUGACCAUCAUGAUGAACUUCUUCCAAGAGCUCUCAAAGGAACUUAAUGACAUAGUCACCUUGGUACGCUCUCCCAAGAUCAGCAACCUCAAUAGGAUCACCAUCAAGUCGCUGAUUGUGAUAGAUGUUCAUGCCAAGGACGUUUCCGAGGAUCUCAUCAAGAACAAGGUCAGCAAUGAGUUCGACUUCCAGUGGCUGGCCCAGAUGCGUUACUACUGGGAGGAUGAUAAGACCUGGGUGCGCAUCAUCAAUGCCACGGUCCCGUUUGCCAACGAGUAUCUGGGUAACUCGGAUCGCCUGGUUAUCACACCCCUCACAGAUCGUUGCUAUCGCACUCUGGUGGGAGCCUAUCAGCUCCAUCUCAAUGGAGCUCCCGAGGGUCCAGCUGGCACGGGCAAAACGGAGACCACCAAGGAUCUGGCCAAGGCCCUGGCCGUCCAAUGCAAGGUGUUCAAUUGCUCCGACGGCCUGGACUACAAGGCCAUGGGCAAGUUCUUCAAGGGAUUGGCCUCUUGCGGUGCCUGGGCCUGCUUCGAUGAGUUCAAUCGCAUAGAACUGGAGGUACUCUCCGUAGUGGCCCAGCAAAUCCUGCUCAUCAUUCAAGCCGUUCGUAGCAACGCCACCAAGUUCAUGUUCGAGGGCACCGAGUUGACCCUAAAUCCUGCCUGCUACGUUUGCAUCACCAUGAAUCCCGGCUACGCUGGGCGUUCCGAACUGCCGGAUAACCUGAAGGUGCUCUUCCGUUCGGUGGCCAUGAUGGUUCCAGACUAUGCCAUGAUCGGGGAGAUCUCUCUGUACUCCUAUGGCUUCGUAGAUGCCCGCAAGCUGGCCGUCAAGAUUGUGACCACCUACCGACUCUGUUCGGAGCAGUUGUCCAGCCAGAAUCACUAUGACUAUGGCAUGCGAGCCGUGAAGACGGUGCUCUCCGCCUGCGGUAACAUCAAGAAACAAUAUCCGGAUGAGGUGGAGGACAUUCUCCUGUUGCGCAGUCUGAUCGAUGUGAAUCUCCCGAAGUUUCUCUCCUUCGAUGUUCCUUUGUUCGAAGGCAUCAUCUCGGACAUCUUUCCGGGCAUCAAGUUGCCGCACAUCGACUACUCCCUGGUGGAAACCGAGUUCAAACGGGUCUGUUUGGAGGAGGUUCUGGAGCCAGCUCCCAGUUUUCUCCUCAAGGUCAUUCAGACAUAUGAAAUGAUAAUCGUGAGGCAUGGUUUUAUGCUGGUGGGCGAACCGCUGGCAGGCAAAUCCAAAACGCUUCAGGUCCUGGCCAAGGUCAUGUCCGCGCUGAAGAUCAAGGCACCGCAGAAGAGCAGCUACUUUCAACACGUCCAAAUGGGCAUCAUGAACCCCAAGUCCAUUACCAUGAACCAGCUAUACGGCUCCUUCGAUCCCAUCUCGUACGAGUGGACCGACGGCCUGGUGGCCAAGAUCUUCCGCGACUUUGCCAUGACGCCCACGCCGGAUAGGAAGUGGGUCAUCUUUGACGGACCCGUGGAUGCAGUGUGGAUUGAGAACAUGAACACGGUGCUGGACGACAACAAGAAGCUGUGCCUCACCAGCGGCGAGGUGAUCACCAUGAGCAACGAGAUGUCGAUGGUGUUCGAGGUGAUGGAUCUGGCCCAGGCCUCGCCGGCCACAGUCUCCCGAUGCGGCAUGAUCUACAUGGAGCCCUCGACGCUGGGAUGGCGCUCCUUUGCCAAAAGCUGGCUGAAGAAGGCCGAUCCUCGCUGGGCGGAUGAGGAGGGGGUGGCCUAUGUGAUGGCCCUGCUGCAGUGGCUGCUUCCGCCUUGCCAAACGUUUGUGAGGCGCUUUUGCAGCCAGUUCGUCAAACCCGGUGAGUUCAACUGCAUGCAGACCCUCUUCGACCUGUUCGACAUGCAGAUUGCGGAGGCCAUCGAGGAGAAUCCGGAGGACUACCAAAAGUACAUCCAGAGCUACUUCCAGGCCGCCAUUCUAUUCGGUCUGAUUUGGGGAGUGGGUGGAGUGCUGGACACUGCCUCACGGGAAAAGUUCGAUGUGUUCUUGAAAAAGCUUUGGGACAGCGAUCCUCCGCCACCGGAACCGCUGGGCAAGAUGGAGAUAACUCCUCCAACUGAAGGUCUUCUGGUGGACUACGUGUUUCUGUACAAACAAAGAGGAGCCUGGCGCUACUGGCCCGAUCUUGCCAAGCGCAUGGACGUGGAGGAGACCAAGACGGGGGUGAUAGUGCCAACGGUGGAUACCGCUCGCUACAUUCACCUGCUCAAAAUGCAUGUGGAGCACAAGAAGCGAAUGCUGCUGGUGGGUCCAACGGGCACUGGGAAAACGGUCUACAUACAGAACUACCUGAUGAACAAGUUGGACAAGGAAGUGUAUGAGACGGGAUUUAUUACUUUCACCGUGAUGAUCUCGGCCAACCAGUGCCAAGAGCUGCUAAUAUCCAAACUGCAGAAGUGGAAGAGGGGAAUCUACGGUCCGCCGAAGGGAAUGCAGAGUGUACUCUUUGUGGACGACAUGAAUAUGCCGGUGAAGGAGGUUUAUGGCGCCCAACCACCCCUCGAGCUUCUGCGCCAGUUCUUCGACUACGGUCAUGUCUAUGACCUGAAGGAUAGCUCCAAGGUCUACAUUCACAAUGUACUGAUCAUGGCCGCAUGUGGCCUGCCCGGUGGAAGUCGCCAGGAUGUCUAUGCCCGCUUCCUGAACCACUUCAAUGUGUAUUCCAUUAACACGUUCAGUGACGACAGCAUGUUCCGUAUAUUCCUGAAUGUCGCGUUGAAUGGCUUCCGGCGUUGUGGCCACGGACAGGAUGUCUUCGUUGUGACUAAUCAGAUAGUGAGUGCCACGCAGAGCAUCUACAAGAGCGUUCAGUCCGAGAUCAGAGCCACUCCGGCCAAGUCCCAUUACAUAUUUAAUCUAAGGGACAUGUCAAGAGUCAUUACCGGAUGCACUCUGGUGCGGAAGGAGUCGGUUACGGACAAGAAGAUCUUCGUGCGGGUCUGGUACCACGAGGCCAUGCGAGUGUUCUACGAUCGCCUGGUGGACGACGUGGAUCGCAAAUGGAUGUUUGAGAAGCUGAACGAGUGCCUCAAGGCUAAUUUCAAGGACAAGGUGGAGACCAUCUUCGAGCGGUAUUGCGUGCCGGGACAAGAUGAGCAGGUAUUCACCAUGGAGGCGGCCAGUAGCAUCCUGUUUGGCGUUUACUUCGACGAGGACAGUGUGGCAGAUGAGCGACGCUACGAGGAGGUGCCCAGCAUGGAGGUUUUCCUGAACCUGGCUCUGACCAGCCUGGAAGACUACAACUCAACGCGUCGCAACAAAAUGGACAUUACCCUGUUCACCUUUGCACUGCAGCAUUUGAAUCGAAUUUGCCGCAUUAUUUCCAUUCAGGGAGCUAGUGCCCUAAUCAUUGGCUUGGGCGGAUCUGGACGUCAAUCUCUGACCAAACUGGCCACCAAUAUGGUGCAAACGUCGUUCUUCCAGCCGGAGAUCACCAAGAACUAUGGGGCCAACGAUUGGCAUGAUGAUAUUAAGGCUAUACUGAAGGAGGCGGGCGGCAUGAACAAGCAUACAACAUUCCUGAUCACCGAAAAUCAGAUUAAGAUGGAGCUCUUUCUGCAGGAUAUUGAUUGUCUGCUGAAUCAGGGUGAGGUGCCCAACAUCUUUCCCAUCGACGAGAAACAGGAGGUGCUGGAAAUGGUGCGACUGGCUGCACAGGGAGGCAAUCGUAAUAUAGAUGUAUCGGCACUGCAGGUCUUCUCCUUUUUUGUGGACCGCUGCAAGCAGAAGUUGCACAUGAUCCUCAGCUUUUCACCCAUAGGAGAUGCCCUACGAACUCGGGUUCGCUUGUAUCCCUCGCUGGUUAAUUGCUGCACCAUUGACUGGUAUGACAGUUGGCCGGAGGAGGCUUUGACCAUGAUUGCGAAGAUGUCCCUGGUGGAUGUGAAGGUGCCAAGUGAGGAUAUCAAGCUGGCCAUUAUGGACACCUGUCAGUACUUCCAUAUGACGGCUGCCAAAGCCACAAGAGCCUUUUGCCAGAUGACUGGCAGGCAUAUCUACCAGACCAAUGCCUCCUUCAUCGAGUUGAUUCGAUCCUUUCAAACCCUCAUCGAGCGGAAGCAAAGCGAAACAAUGCUGGCCAAGAUGCGGUACAUUGGUGGCCUGGACACUUUGGCCCAGGCAGCAGCCGCCAUAUCGAUUAUGCAAAGGGACUUGAAUGCCCUGCAGCCCAAAUUGGUGGCCUUGGCCGAGGCCUCGCGCAAAAUGAUGCUGGAGAUCAACAAGGAAACGCUGGCGGCCAGUGCCGCCGCCGAGCAGGUGAAACGGGAUGAGGAGGUGGCCUCCGUGCAGGCUGAGGCUGCCCAGGUGCUGAAGCAGGAUUGCGAAAGGGAUCUGGCGAAGGCCAUUCCUGUCCUGGAGGAUGCUUUAGCAGCUCUGAACACGUUAAAGCCAGCGGACAUAACCCUGGUCAAGUCCAUGAAGAAUCCCCCGCCAGUGAUUAAGCUAGUAAUGGCCGCCGUGUGUGUGAUCAAGGGUAUUCCCUCGGAUCGCAUACCAGAUCCGGCUUCGGGUAAGAUGGUCCAAGACUAUUGGGGUCCAAGUAAGCGUCUCCUGGGCGAGAUGAACUUCCUGCCGGCCCUCAAGGAGUUCGACAAGGACAACAUACCCGCGGAGAUAAUGAAGCGCAUACGCAAGGAGUUCAUCCCGAAUAAGGACUUUGAUCCCAAGGUGGUGGCCAAGGCGUCGAGUGCCGCCAAGGGUCUGUGCCAGUGGAUCAUUGCCAUGGACAUGUACGACGAGGUGGCCAAGGUGGUGGCGCCCAAAAAGGCCAAACUUGCCGGAGCGGAGAAGGAGUAUGCCGACACCAUGGAGUUUCUGGCCCAGAAGCGAGCCUUGGCCUUGGCCUUGGAGGAGAAGGUGGCCCAGUUGAACAUAGAGCUGGACAAGGCCAAUGCGGAGAUGCAGAAGACCGAGGAUCAUGCGGAGAGCUGUCGGAACAAGCUGCUCCGGGCGGAGGCUUUAAUUGGCGGCUUGGGUGGAGAGAAGUCACGAUGGAACAAGGCGGCGGAGGAUCUGCAGGAACUAUACGAUCACCUGCCUGGUGAUGUGCUCAUCUCUUGCGGUAUUAUAGCCUAUCUAUCGGCCGUAAAUCUGCAAUACCGCUCCGAUUGCGUCAGGGAUUGGUUUAAGAAGGUCAAGGACCUUCAGAUACCCUGCUCCGAAAAGUAUUCCAUAACAGAGGUCCUGGGCCUAGAGGUCACCAUCCAGAACUGGCAGCUGGAUGGACUGCCCAACGAUGAGUUCUCCAGCGAGAACGCCAUUAUCGCGGCCAAUUCUAGUCGCUAUAGUUUGUUCAUUGAUCCCCAGGCUCAGGCCAACAAUUGGCUGAAGAACAUGGAGCGCAAGAACCGGCUGAACUGCGUCAAGUUCAAUCAGAGCAACUACAUGAAGGUGAUUGCCGAGGCCUUGGAGUACGGCACGCCGGUGAUCAUUGAGAAUGUGCAGGAGGAACUGGAGGUGCCACUGGAUCCCAUCCUAAUGCGGCAGACCUUUAUACAGGGCGGCAUUAAGCACAUCAGCUUGGGCGAGGCAGUGGUGCCAGUUAAUCCGAAUUUCCGACUGUACAUGACCUGCAAUCUGCGUAAUCCCCACUUUCUGCCGGAAACCUUUAACAAGGUGACCGUGAUAAACUUUGCCCUCACCCAGAAUGCUUUGAUGGAUCAACUACUCAGCAUUGUGGUGGCCAAGGAGCGUCCAGAUUUGCAGGAACUGCGAAUCACACUCACUACGGAGGCGGCGGCCAAUAAGGGAGCUCUCCGGGAUGCGGAAAACAUGAUACUGAAGACGUUAAGCGCCGGUGGUGACAUCCUGGAGAACGAGGCAGCCAUUCAGAUACUGGCUGACUCGAAAGGCCUAUCCAAGGACAUUGUGGAGAAGCAGGAGGCGGCCAAGGAAACAGUGGCCAAGAUCGAGGCUUUCCGGUUGAACUACAAACCGGUGGCCGUGCACUCGUCCAUCUUGUACUACUCCAUCACGGAUCUGCCCAACAUUGAUCCCAUGUACCAGUUCUCCCUCAACUGGUACAUCAAUCUGUACAUGUACUCCAUUGAAACGGCCAAUAAGUCAAAGGAUCUGCCGCGUAGGAUUAAGUUCCUGGUGGAUGGCUUCACCCGCAAUCUGUACAACAAUGUGUGCCGCUCCAUUUUCGAGAAGGACAAGCUUCUCUAUUCUUUCAUUCUCACUGCCCGGAUUUUGCUGGGCACAGGUCAGGUGGAGAUGCGGCACUUUGCCCAUUUGGUCACCAAUGCCAAGGAGUCAGCAAAUAUACCUCCCAAUCCCGAUCCCAGUUGGGUAACAGAAACUGUGUGGUUGAAUGUUCUGAGGCUGGAGGAACUCAAAGAGCUGAAAGGCAUAGUGGAGCACUUUAAGAGUCAUCUGAGCGCCUGGCAGGCCAUCUACGAUCACUUUUCGCCGGAGAAGCAACCACUUCCUGCUCCUUGGCAGGAUAAGACCACUGCCUUCGAGAAGAUCAUUGUGUUGAAGGCACUGCGACCCGAUUCCGUUUUUCUGGCAGUGCGACUGUUCAUUGCCGACUGCAUUGGCGAUCAGUAUGUCACUCCGCCGGAGUUUGACAUCUCCAAGUCGUAUGCCGACUCCACGGCUUUGACGCCUCUCCUGUUUAUCCUCUCGCCCGGAGCGGAUCCACUGGGCUCCCUGCUGGCCUUCGCCGAGAAGAUGGGCCAGGAGGAAACCUUCCAGAGCAUCUCCCUGGGCCAGGGUCAAGGUCCCAUUGCCACCGCGCUGAUCAAGAACGCCCAGGAGAUGGGCUACUGGGUGUGCCUGCAGAACUGCCAUCUGGCCGCCUCCUGGAUGCCCUAUUUGGAGUACCUCUGGGAGAAUAUGGACACCUUUAACACCACGCCCAACUUCCGCAUCUGGCUAACCGCUUAUCCGACUCCCCAAUUUCCGGUCACCAUCCUCCAGAAUGGGGUCAAGAUGACCAACGAACCGCCGACUGGACUUAAGGAGAACCUGAUGCGAUCCUAUAACUCGGAGCCCAUUAACGACUACGAGUUCUACACGGGCUGUGCCAAGCAGGAUCGGGCCUUCACCCGGCUGCUCUACGGGAUUUGCUUCUUCCAUGCCGUUGUCCAGGAGCGCCGGAAAUAUGGGCCUUUGGGUUGGAACAUUGCCUACGGAUUCAACGAGUCUGAUCUGCAAAUAUCGGUGCUGCAGCUGAGCAUGCUUCUGAACCAGUAUGAGCAUGUGCCCUACGACGCCAUCUCGUACUUGACCAGCGAGUGCAACUACGGCGGAAGGGUCACGGAUAACUGGGAUCGCCGGUUGAUUGUGACCAUCCUGGCGGACUUUUGCAAUGCCCAGGCGGUGUCGGACAAUCGUUAUAGGUUCGCCAGCGACGAUCGCUACAUCCUGCCCCGGAAAACGGAGCACCGCGAGAUCCUGCGGUAUCUGGACGAGAAUCUCCCUUCGCUUGCGCCGCCAGAAGUCUACGGUCUGCAUGCCAACUCUGGCAUAACUCGGGAUCUGCAGACAACCAAGACGCUGCUCGAUUCGAUGAUCCUGUUGCUGGGCAGUGAGGCGGCGGGAUCCGCCGGAGCCGGAGUGAGUGUGGAGCAGGUCAUCUUGAAUACGAUCAAGCAGAUCGAGAGCGAGAUGCCGCCGGACAUGGACAUUGAGGCGGCGGCUGAGAAGUAUCCAGUGGACUACAACGAGUCCAUGAACACGGUGGUGGUGCAGGAAAUGGAACGCUUCCUCAAGCUGCAGAAGGAGAUACGUGGCAGCUGUCGGGAUCUGGCCAUGGGUAUCAAAGGCAUUAUCGUGAUGACACCCGAUCUGGAGAACGUGAUGACGGCGAUGAAGUUCAAUCGCAUUCCCACUAAAUGGAUGUCCAAGUCGUACCCCUGCCUGAAGCCACUCGGCUCGUAUGUCCAGGAUUUGUACAAGCGUCUCAAUUGGCUGCACGACUGGCAUCAUCAUGGCAAGCCACCCACUUUCUGGCUCUCCGGAUUCUUCUUCACCCAGGCCUUCCUCACCGGGGCCAUGCAAAACUUUGCCCGGAAGUACAAGAUUCCCAUCGACACGCUCACGUUCGACUAUGAUGUGCUCAAGGUGGAGACGAAGACGACGCCGCCGGAUGACGGGGUUUACUGCAACGGACUGUUCCUGGAGGGCGCUCGCUGGGAGUGGCGGGAGAACACGCUGGUGGAGCAGCUGCCCAAAAUCCUCAUCUACGCCAUGCCCGUGAUCUACUUCCGGCCAGUGGGCAUAGCGGACGUGGUCGAGGGCUCACGCUAUCGCUGUCCACUCUAUAAAACCGGGGAGCGGAAAGGCACUCUGUCCACCACCGGUCACUCCACGAACUAUGUGGUGCCGUUGCUCCUGAACACCCAUGUCAAGGCCUCGCACUGGGUCAAACGCAGCGUGGCUCUCAUCUGCCAGACCAGCGAUUGAGCCACUGAGCGAUCGCUCAUGGAGCCAUUAAACUUUAAAAAUUUUUAAAACAUCUGUUAAAAACGUGUGUGUAUGUUAUCAUCUAUAAAAAUUGUACAUAAUAAUUUCCUGGAAAUUAAGGAACACAACUUUGUAUAUUUAUACUCAACAAUAAUAUAUUUUAAGCAAGCAAAGUUGUGCUAUUUAAUAUCCAGGUAAUUGUUUGGAGACAACGAAAUGCUACUUUGUAU